CGACGACAUUCGGUUCCUCGCAUCCAAGUUUCUAGAUGUGCGGGGUCGCCAGCAAACCCACAAGCCACGGAAUUACACCGCUAUUGCUCGACCAUCGUGACGGGCCUAUCUCAAGGGUGCAUUUUUAUACUAAACCAACAAAAAGGUAUAUCGAACCUUAUCGUCAAGGUCCUAUGGCUGCUAAGAAAAAGUGAAAACACGGAUGAUUCCCACAAAAGUUACUCGGCAUUAAAAUCCCAACCAGAAUAUUUCAGCCACGCUCAAACGGGUGUUACAAAUAUACUGCGUAACUACUGCUUGACCCAAGGAGUGACCCGCUAUGCUAACGGUUAGAGUUUAGUCAAA